UCCCUUCCUCGUUCACUCAUUUUCGUCGGGCCCUGUGUCAUUCUUUCCGGUACCAAUCGCCAAGAUGAUGUUCAAGCCCUCGUCGCCUCUUUUCUCCGGUCUUCUUUGGAAGAUCCCAUGGCGUCUUUCCUCCCCUCAGAAGGCCCGCCAGAGAAAGCGCCUCCGCGGUGUUGACCGUGUCGUUGACACUGUCUCCGCAGCUCUGGAACGCAACGGAUACACCACCAAGUCUGUCGAGCGCUGGUACAAUGAAAUGCCCCGCGAGGAGGAGAUGCUUCCCAAGGACAAGUACACAAUCUUCGAUAAGAAGGAGAAGAAGUACCGCAAGGGCAUUCACAAGCUACCGAAGUGGACCCGAGUCAGCCAGAGAGUGAACCCCGCUGGUUUUUAAGCAGCUUCUACACGCAGGGUAUGUCGGGAGGGCCUUCGAUAUCGCCCACACAAUACAUCUGGCAUCAGCCUGUGCAGAUUUGUACCUGGAUUUUUAAUUGUACUAUACGCUACAACCCGUGAUGAUCGCGAUUCGCUCUUCCGUGGAUCGUGAAAGGCACAGGGAGGAUUACCGGAGUUUUCGGCAAUUGGGGAAUGACACCAUGACUGCAUUGUUCGCCUUGCUAUUAACCAUGUUUACGAUUCAAGCCUAAGGCACAUGAUUCAACUCGAUUUAAAUUUGGCAUGUGAUGGUAUCUUUCAGACUUGUAAGAAAAGGCGGUCAGUGGGACUGAUGGCCACGCGAGAGAGGCAGCAUAACAAUAGAGAUAGAGCAUAGAAGAGG